AUGUCCACUGAGUCCUCCGGAAAAAAAACGACUGAGAAAGAGGAAGGAAGAAAAACUGGAACGUUUGCUAACCGAGAUUCUACAGCGUCUUCUCCUCCCCCACUUGGACCGUCAUCGAAAAAGACAAAAGCCGACAGAAGUAGAAGCUUCGACGCCGUUCCAGCCAAUACGAUGACAGCGGAAGAGAAUAAUAUAUAUUUUAAUUAA